AUGAGGGUAGCUUUGCUUGGAAGGAACAAACUGGGAUUAGUGGAUGGAUCGUGCAAUAAAGAAGUGUUUCCAAAUGAGAUGGGAAAUCACUGGGAGAGAGUGAACACAGUAGUUCUUUCAUGGCUUAUGAAUUCAGUGGAAAAAGGAUUAUUAGGAGGUAUAAUGUAUGCCUCUAAUGCUCAAGAAGUAUGGGAGGAACUUUUCGAAAGGUUCAACAAAAUUGAUGGUUCAAGAACUUACAAUUUACAUACAGAGAUUGCAACACUGAGUCAAGGUACAUCUAUAGUUUCUGCAUAUUUUUCUAGAUUGAAAAACUUAUGGGAAGAGUUUGAAGAUCUUGUUCCAAAUCCCGGUUGUAACUAUCAUAGAUCCAAAGAUUUUGUGGUACAUCUUCAAAAAUUAAAGCUGUUUCAAUUUCUUAUGGGUCUAAAUGACUCUUAUAAUAAAGCAAGAAGUCAAAUCUUGCUAAUGAGUCCUAUGACAUCUGUUAAUCGGGCAUAUGGAAUGAUCAUUAGUGAUGAAGGACAAAGGUCUAUAGCUGCAAACACAAGAAUCUUGGGUCCAAAUCCUGCAGCAAGUGGAAGUAAUAUUGACAUGGCUAUGUUUACAAGAAAUGGUACUAAUAGAUACAAGAGGAAUUAUAAUGUACAAUGUGAGUUUUGUAGAAUGAAGGGUCAUACCAAAGAAGGGUGUUACAAGUUGGUAGGAUAUCCAUCAGAUUAUAACAAGCUUAGGAAAAAAGAGUGCAGACGAAUAGUAAUGGAUAUAAUUCAAAUGCAAGAGCUCAUAAUGCAAUCACUGAUAAUCAGUUUCAAGGGUCAGAAAAGUGUGCCACAAAUGAGAAUAUAG